AUGAACUUUGGCCGGGGCCGCUCGGUGGUGUUGAACGUGGGGGGCACCCGCUACUCCUUCUCCCGCGAGGUGCUGAAGGACUUCCCGCUGCGGCGGGUGAGCCGGCUGCACGGCUGCCUCUCGGAGCAGGACGUGCUGGAGGUGUGCGACGACUACGACCGGGAGCGCAACGAGUUCUUCUUCGACCGCCACUCGGAGGCCUUCGGCUUCAUCCUGCUGUACGUGCGGCACGGCCACCUGCGCUUCGCGCCGCACAUGUGCGAGCUCUCCUUCUACAACGAGAUGGUCUACUGGGGGCUCGAGUGCUCGCACCUGGACUACUGCUGCCAGCGCCGCCUGGACGACCGCAUGUCCGACACCUACACCUUCUACUCCGCCGACGAGCCCCCCGCCGGCGACGGCGGCGAGGACACGCGGCCCCCGGCCGAGCCCCCGCCUGCCGCCGAGGGCAGGAAGUGGCUGGAGAGGAUGAGGCGGACUUUCGAGGAGCCCACCUCGUCCGUGGCCGCCCAGAUCCUGGCCACGGUCUCCAUCCUCUUCGUCAUCGUGUCCAUGGUGGUGCUGUGCGCCAGCACCCUGCCCGAGUGGCGGGCGGCCGAGAACCGCAGCGUGGAGGAGCAGAGCAGGUACACAGCAGACUCAGUGAGGGAGCCCUCCGGGAUCAUUGAAGCUAUCUGCAUAGGCUGGUUCACUGCAGAGUGCAUUGUGAGGUUCAUCAUCUCCAAAAACAAGUGUGAGUUUGUCAAGAGACCCCUGAACAUCAUUGAUUUGCUGGCAAUCACUCCUUACUACAUUUCUGUGCUAAUGACAGUUUUCACAGGGGAAAAUUCUCAGCUCCAAAGGGCUGGAGUCACUCUGAGGGUUCUUAGGAUGAUGAGGAUUUUUUGGGUGAUUAAACUUGCCCGUCACUUCAUUGGUCUUCAAACACUUGGUCUGACUCUGAAGCGUUGUUACAGAGAGAUGGUGAUGCUUCUUGUCUUUAUUUGUGUUGCCAUGGCAAUUUUUAGUGCACUUUCACAACUCCUUGAAAAUGGGCUGGACUUGGGAACAAAGAAUAAGGAUUUUUCCAGCAUCCCUGCUGCCUGUUGGUGGGUAAUAAUCUCGAUGACCACGGUUGGUUAUGGUGACAUGUGCCCCAUCACUGUACCUGGAAGGAUUCUUGGUGGAAUUUGUGUGGUUAGUGGGAUUGUUUUACUAGCAUUGCCUAUUACUUUCAUCUAUCAUAGCUUUGUGCAAUGUUAUCACGAGGUCAAGUUCCGAUCUGCUAGGUACAGCAGAAGCCUAUCUGCUGAAUUCUUAAAUUAAUGAGUGCGCCUGCUUUUUGUAAUAGUACUUGCUAAGCUUUGGUGGAAGAGGUGAUGGUUGCUCCCUGUGUACACCCAUCUUGAUGGAUGAUCUAAGGAACAGCAUUGUCAUCAGCCUUGAAGGAUGUCAGUCACCAUUCUCAUCCGAAGGAUGACUACCUGCUUUGGGCCCUAUGGUAGGGAGUGUGGGUGAGGAUGUUGAGAUCUGAGAGGAAGAAAAUAGUAGCUUAUAGAACAACAAUGGGACUGGAAAGUUCUCAAGACUUCAUGGGGGCUGGACUUCUCUCUGCCUAUCCAGACAACUACACACACAAAUCAUGGACUUGGUACCAAGAGAGAUGAAGACCUGCAACUCGAAGUUGCAGGUACUCAGCACUCCUCAUACUGAUAUCCCAGAGCCUUCCAAGGAAAAUAUAAUAGAUGUCAUUCAAAUAUUUUAAAAUCUAAAGGUCC